CCAUGAAGAUGAGGAUGGUGACCAGGAGGGCGGGGAUGGAGCUGGCCAGAUACCACCACCAGGGGUUCUUACCGAACGGCAUCACCAGCCAGCCUCGGUCAGGACGGGUAGGCUGAUCACACACACACAGGGUGAACCUGGCCAUCGCAGAAGCCGGCAUGGCGGCCUUCAACACGGUGAUCAACUUCACCUACGCCGUCCACAACGAGUGGUACUUCGGCCUCGUCUACUGCCGCUUCCACAACUUCUUCCCCAUCGCCGCCAUCUUCGCCAGCAUCUACUCCAUGACGGCCAUCGCUCUGGACAGGUACAUGGCGAUCAUCCAUCCCCUGCAGCAGAGGCUGACCUCCACAGAGACCCGCGUGGUGAUCACCGUGAUCUGGAUGCUGGCUCUGAUCCUGGCCUUCCCUCAGUACUACUUCUCGUCCACCGCCGUGCUGCCCGGACGCACGGUCUGUUACAUCGACUGGCCUGAGUACGCCAGCGUGGACAUCAAGAAGAUAUACUACGUGUGUGUGACUCUGCUGAUCUACUUCCUGCCACUCUGCAUCAUGGGAUGUGCGUACACCACCGUGGGCGUCACCCUCUGGGCGAGUGCGAUUCCUGGAGACUCGUCCGAACACUACAAAGAGCAGCUGAUCGCCAAACGCAAGGUGGUGAAGAUGAUGAUCGUGGUGGUGUGCACGUUCGCUCUCUGCUGGCUGCCCUAUCACGUCUACUUCUUACUCCACCAGUUCUUCCCUGACUGGUUCGAGCAGCGGUACAUCCAGCAGGUCUACCUGGCCGUCAUGUGGCUCGCCAUGAGCUCCACCAUGUACAACCCCAUCAUCUACUACUGCCUGAACAGCAGGUUCAGAGCCGGCUUCCAGCAGGUGUUCUGUUGCUGUGCUCCGACCGUGAGCAAGGAGGAGCUGGAGCUGAAGUCCCCGCGGUACCUGCAGACUCAGGUGAGCAUCUGUCGAGCCAGCCGGAUGGAGACGGUGGUUUCUACGUCCGUUCCCCCCGUCACGUUCGAGCAGAGCCGGACGGAGCUGCCGUCCUUCUGCUCUCACAGCGAGGCUCACGUGGCGUCCAACGGCUCGGGCUCAGAGACGUUCCCCAAGACUCCUCAGUAAGAGGAACAAACACACACAGGACGGUGAGGCUGUGGAGGAUCCUGGUCCUGGUCCUGGUUUUUGUUUUGGAGAGUUCCCCUUCCUGACCCUGCUAACAAACAGAAGAUGAGUCUGACGGGAGAUCCACCGCCGUCGACCUCACACUCGCAGGUUUCGUUAUCAGACGUGUUCGCCGCUCCGUCACUUCACCGCCGGCAAAUCACGAACCCCCGCUUCCCCUCGGCAACAGUGUCACGUCAAGACCAGUUUGUGACGCUGCGGCUGUGUCGUGUGGAAACAGGCUGAUGAGUGUGUGUGUGUGUGUGUGUGUGUGUGUGGACGGCACCUGUUGGACAGGAUUAGCCCCUUGUUUUGACAAUGUGUGGAGCAGGGUUCAGCGUGCAGCCAGCCGGGUCACAGGGCGGCUAAAUAUAGAGACUGAGACCAGAGGGGGGGGGAAAGGAGACACGUAUGGAGGGAUUGAUGAAGAGAUGAAGGAAAGAAAAGGAAAACAUGCAGAGCAGUGGACUCUCUGUGUGCUGAAAUCUAUCUGUUUAGAGGAGGAGGAGGAGGAGGAGGAGGAGGAGGAGGAGGAGCAGCGUCACGGGGGAGGAGGAGGAGGAGGAGGAGGAGGAGGAGGAGGAGGAGCAGAGUCACGGGGGAGGAAUGAUGCUAUUUAAACCUCACAGACAACAGCUGCACGGUGACACAAAGUCCACAUACCGCUCUGUUUUACCUGUUUGAUGCUCGGGACCAAAAGGAAGGACAGUUAUCGCUCAGCUUCAUCAGAGACAGCUCCCUUUAAAUAACCGACUCUACGUAUUCUCUGGUGGAGAUUUACGGCGUAUUUUAUCCAGCAGCUGUUUUCCUUUAAGGUCACAAUCAAGGCGGGAAAGUCUCCUGAGAGUUUGUACGAUGGUGUUCCAGUUUUAGGGAACACGGAUUGAAAGUUUGGGCCGUACUUGGAGGGCAAAACCUCGUAUUUAACAUCUGAUCCUCUCCUGUGAGAAAGCCACCACUGAGACUCAACCAAUCACAAGCUAACGUUACUGUCCGUGUUUCAUUCUCGUCUAUCUGAUCGUAUCUUGGCGAAUUAAAGGGACUCUGAUUUCAUAGCGGUGGUCUCCCAGUCUCGGUAGCUAGUCUAACAUCCACUUCCAAAGACUUCCAGUUCGACCACAGACUAGGGAUGCACAGAUCAAUCAAUCAAUCAAUCAAUCAAUCUUUAUUUGUAUAGCGCUAAAUCACAACAAACGUUAUCUCAAGACUCUUUUACAAACAGAGCAGGUCUAGACCACUCUAUGUCAAAUUAUGAACAGAGACCCAACACCAAGACAGGGUAAGACUCAGUCUGACCCCACCUUAAUCCACCAUGAGCAUUGCACCUCACAGUAUUUAGCUAGUUACAGUGGUGAGGAAAAACUUCCUUUUAACAGGCAGAAACCUCCAGCAGGACCAGACUCAUGUUAGACAGCCAUCAUGCCUCGACUGAGUUGGGUCUGGAAAGACAGAUAGAGGGGAGUAAGAGAGAGAGGUGAUAGUGAUGAGACGAGUCGUAGAAGCUGUUGCCGCUGGAGUCCAGCACGUCCGUAUCAGCUGGAGUCCAGAUCGUCCACAGCAGGAGGACGUCUACGGCAGCUCAGAGGAAUCUACGAGACAAUGGAGCUCAGGGACUCCAGAAAGGUCUAUGGUUAGUAACUUUAAUGGGACAGGCAGAGUUAAAGUAAGUGAUGAGGGGGUUGGGGGGAAGAAGGUGAGCUAGGAUCCCAGUGUGUCAGUGUGCCAGUUCCCCCGGCAGUCUAAGCCUAUAGCAGCAUGACAAAAGCUGGUCCAAGCCUGAUCCAGCUCUAACUAUAAGCUUUAUCAAAAAGGAAAGUUUUAAGUCUACUCUUAAAAGUGGAGAGGGUGUCUGCCUCCCGGACCCUGACUGGUAGAUGAUUCCAAAGGAGAGGGGCCUGAUAACUGAAGGCUCUACCUCCUACUUUUUAGGUCCCGAUACUGAUAUCCAUACCUGUCGAUACUAGCCGAUCCGAUCCUGGUAUUGAUUCAACAACCUGUAGUCCUUAAUGUGAGGAUAGAAUCAACUUCAGGCUUUUCUGACUUGAUGGUGAACUGUACCUGGGUUCAAAGUGCUAAACCAGAGGCUGGACUCCCUUCAUUUCAAGGAUCCAGAACAAUUAAAUCCAAUACCCUGUCCGUGUUUUCACACUUUGAAUCCAUUUAAAGAAGGUGUCUUCCUGUUUCCUCCUUCUUUGCAGUCGGCUACAGCUGAAGUAAACUUCCUCCUUUCAGCUAUUUUUUGCAAGUUUCAGGCGGACUUGUUAUGGAUAUGGAUCGGCACUAUAUAUCGGCGCUUUGUCACCGAUAUCCGAUCUAGCUUUUUGAGUCCGAUCUAGCCGAUAUCCGAUACCAGGAUCUGAUCGGUGCAUCCCUACCACAGACUUUAGAAACAUGGACCUAGUCUUAGUGACAGGAUAGGUUUCUAAAGAGGCGUUCUGAAGCCUUAAUCGUUGCUAACUCCCAGAUCAUCCAGAAACAAGCAAAGAGAUUGAGCUAAGCCCCGCCCACCUGUCAGUCAGUAAUUACUUGUUUAAAUUAACUAUAAAUAUUUCGUACGCACAAUAACUUUAAAUCUUGUAGGAACAACAAGGUUUCAAAACUUUGGGGGGACUUUUACAGCCUGCCUCAAGUGGACAUUUGGGGAACUGCAGUUUUUGUUCUUCAGUGCUUCGAUGUUUGACCUUGAAGUAUGAGACAGUUUCCUCCAUCCUAACAUUCACUCAUCGUUUCCUUACAGAUGUUAAUGAAGGACAAUAAGACAAAGGAACACCUGGACUAAACCAUAGCUUAGCUUAGCUUAGCUUAGCUUAGCUUAGCUUCAGCCAUGAUGUGAAAACACUGAAUCAAACAAAUGCGCAACACAUGCUGUGAUGUUUUUGUUUUGACUUCCUGUCCACACAGGAAGUGUGAUGCUGCUUGCUGCUUGUGAUCAAGUGUAACUGCAUUUCAGUAAAUAUCAGAACAAAGUUAUUUCCAAACGUUGUAUACUCGAACACGACGUGAUGUCUGCUGCACGGCUCUGGAAUCAGCUGUUUGAGUUAGCAUUGUGCUCGUCAUGCUGACCGGUCAGGAUGUAAAAAGCUGUUAUAUAUAUAUUAUAUAUUAUAUAUUAUAUAUUACGUAACCUCGGUUUGGUGAAGUGUAUGUGUGUUUAUAUAUUUCAUUCACGUGUAUAAAUAUUUGAAUGUGUCAGAAGGUUAAACUUUAAUGCAUGUUCCUUAAAGUCUGACGUCUUUGACUUUCUGAAAUUAGAGGAUGAAAUAUCUGAAACAGUCCAGAAGAUUCUUUGUGGUGUUUUUUUAUAAAGCUGAAUAUCACGUCAGAUAUUAAGUGUCUCUGUUCAUCAAUUAAACUUGUUAUUCCAUCA